CCAUCACCUCUCAACGGCCUGCUCGUGGACCACCUUCUUGCGCACUCGACUCUGUUCGCCGAUGACCCCGAUCACAUUGCAUCGUUCAUAGCGUGCCGCCGGGGAAGUGCGGCUAGCUCUAUCAACAUGGCAGCACGUAGCAGGCCCCGUGGCGGGCAGAUGAAAGACGAGAUCGACGAGGAGCGCCACCUGUGGAACACGAUCCGGGCCGAUGGACGAAGGUUUGACCAGCUCAUGGCACAAUCCGACACUUUACAGGAGAAGAUACUCGAGCUAGCAGGCCAACAAGAAGCCCGUAAAUCACGCGGCGAUGCGCCCUCCUCUCGCAUCGACAACGAACUCGAUGCUGCCCUCCGCGAGAACAUCAAACUCAGCGAAGAGAUGCUCACCCUAAUAAAAUCCGACCAAGGCAACGACAUUUGCGAGCAGCUCACCGUGCUCUCCGCCCUCCGCUCCGCCGACACCGACAGCUCCACCUCGCGCGCCACCAACCCCGGCAAGUCACGAGACCGCGGCCAAAACAAGCGCAAACUUACCGACGCGGCCGACGACCGCGACAGCAUCGCCGCCGACAGCCCCGCUGUGCCGAGCCCUAAAGUCGUGCUCGGCAAGGACAGGGACAGGCUGCUGCCAAAGAGCGGAAGUAGCAGGGCCGGCAGCGUGCCCGCGGGGCGCGAGAGCAGCGUGAAGGUGGAGGAUGAGAAGGACGAUGUCAAGGAAACCAAACAACGCCUCACAGUCCACACCGAAGUCCUCUACCGCGCGCCCCGCUCCCGCUCCGGCCCCAUCCAACAAGAAGGCGAAGGCACCCUGCACCGCAUAACCAGCGUAAUCGGCGAGGGCAAACAACGCCGCUACGAAAUCAUCGACUCGGACCCGGACCCGUUGACCCCGUCCAUCCCCUUCCGCGCCUCCGUCGCCACCAUCGUGCCCAUCCCGCCCGCGGCGUCGAACCUCUCGCUGCCCAGCCUCGAGGCGAAGAAGAAUGUGCUAGCGUUGUACCCCGGGACGACGACGUUUUAUAAGGCGGAGGUUGUAGAUGGGUGGAAGAGUUUGCCUGGCGGGAAUGGAGGGGGAAAGGACGGGAUUAAGAAGGAAGGGGGUGCGGAGGAGAAGCCUGGAAAAGAGGCGUAUGUGACGUUACGGUUUGAGGGGGAAGAUGAGGUGGAUAUGGUGAAUAGUGUGGAGAGGAGGUACGUGUUGCCUGACAAGGCGUAGAGUCAGUCGCAUGACUUGGGAAAUGGGUUGGGCGACAUCUAUGGUGUAACAUGGUGGGAUCUAGGGGUGUAUGUAAGGCUUGCAACGAUCCGCGUCGCUCUCAUUUAGUCUUUCGUUUACCGCAGCGCAGAUAUACCGAACAAGUGUGGCUUUCGUAUAGAUAUCCAUAAGCUCGUCUAUCACACAUAAGUUAUCCA